AUGCGUCCAUUAAUUGUAUUGUUGCUUCUUAUAGUGGCUCAGGCCUGGUCCUUUUCAGCUUCCCCUCCUCGAUCCUAUGACGGCUAUUCGGUGUACAGGGUCCGCAUUGCAUCCCCAAGUCAGCGGCAGGCUGUUGAUCAACUGCUGGAGCAACACGACAGGUAUAACCUGUGGCACCGAUCGAUAAACGAAGUCCACAUAAUGGUGCAUCCCAGGGCACAGAAAAGUUUUCGUAAAAUUAUGCUGGAGGCAAAAAUUGUUGUGGAACUAAUGAUACCGAAUGUGCAAGUGCUCAUUGACGGGCAAAGGGCAAACAAGGAAUAAAAAGUCUAAUUUCUUUUAUA